AUGUCAAACCUUACAAAAUUUGAAUUUACAGCACUUGAUGAUGUAUCUGGAAAAAAUUAUAUGUCAUGGAUACUAGAUGCAAAAAUACAUCUGCAAACCUCUGGUCAUGAGGACACUAUUAAAGAGAGGAAUAAUGCCUCUACUCAAGAUCGUGCAAAAGCAGUGAUCUUCCUUCGCCAUCAUCUUGAUGAAGGAUUAAAAAAUGAAUAUCUCAGUGAAGAUAAUCCACUUGUUCUCUGGAAUAGUUUAAAAGAACGCUUCGACCAUCAGAAGACUGAUUUUAAAAGUGUUAGUGAAUACAAUUAUGCAAUAUUCCAAAUAAACUCAAAGCUAAAAUUGUGUGAAGAAACAAUUACUGAUGAAGAUUUAUUAGAAAAAAUAUUCUCCACUUUUCAUGCAUCUAAUGUGGUACUCCAGCAGCAGUGUGAGAAAGGCUUUAAGAAAUAUUCAGAGCUGAUUUCUUGCCUUCUAGUGGCUGAGCGGAAUAACGAGCUGUUAAUGAAAAAUCAUGCGGCACGACCCACUGGUUCUGCUCCAUUUCUUGAAGUAAAUGCGAGCGCAUAUAGAUCUCCUCGUGGUCGUGGUCGUGGUCGUGGUCAUGGUUAUGGUCGAGGUGGAAAUAAUUACAACCAUGUCGGUUGUAAUAACUCCUUUAAGCAUAAGAAUCACCACCAGAAGUGGUAUAAGAAGGAGGAGAAACAAGAAAACAGAAACAGUGGACAAUACAAACAUCAAGUGAAAAAUGUCGAUAGUAAAUGUUAUCGAUGUGGCAUGGCUGGACAUUGGUCGCGUACCUGUCGUACGCCCAAACAUCUUGUUGAGUUUUACCAAGCUUCCCUCAAGGAAAAAAGAAAGUAUAUAGAAACAAAUUUUGUUUCUGAUGAUGAUUUUGACCACAGUCUGAUGCAUAAUGACUUUAUAGACAUGACACAUUUAGAUGUUUCUGAUUUUCUUGAGAAUAAUAAUAAUGAAAACUAA